AUGCAGCGCAUCGACCCGCGCCCAGCGGAGCCCGCGCCAUCGACACAGGAAGGACAGCAAGGACAGCAACAGUCUGGUCGCUCCGGGCAGUUGAAUCUUCCGACGGGAUUCGCGAGCACCGGGCGCGAGAGUCACACCCAGAGUUUUGAAGAGAUCUACGGCGUACCAGAGAACUUUUUGGAAAUCGAGGUUACAGACCCACAAACACACCAGCCCACUGCAUCUCCCUCGUCUCGAUACACGACAUAUCUCAUCCGACUCUCCACCAACAUCCCCGCCUUCAAACUCCGCCGAAGUGAAGUCCGCAGACGAUAUUCCGACUUUGAAGUCUUCCGCGAUCUACUCGAGAGGGAGAGCGCACGGGUUAGCAUUCCACCGCUCCCGGGCAAAGUCUACCUGAACAGAUUCGACGAUGCGGUGAUUGAGGAUCGCAGACGAGGGCUGGAGCGUUUCCUCAAGAUUGUCGUGKGACAUCCGUUGCUGCAGACUGGAAGUCGCGUGCUUGGUGGAUUUGUGCAGGAUCCAAAUUGGGAUCGUAAUGCCUGGUAG